AAACAACAACAUCUAUCGUUGUCAGUUGUCAAAUUGUCACUGUCAUACUUUUCAUAAUAAAAAUGGUAUCCUGGAGUGCCCUAGGCCGAUCUUUCGGCGCAAAUUUGUUUAAAAAUAAUGUUAAGACACCAUUUGUAAUACAAAAUGUAAAAUUUUCCGUCGGAAACUCUUUAAGCGCCGGCCAUGGCCACAAAACUAUGGCAUUGCAGCCAUCGAGGUUCCAAUGGCACAAAUUCAAGGAUAUGUUCCACUAUUAUCUUAUGGUUGGUCUGAUUCCUGUCGGGGCAAUUAUUUUCUACACAAAUGUGUUUAUCGGUCCCGCUCAGCUAACUCCAAUUCCUGAAGGCUAUGAACCUAAACACUGGGAAUAUCAUCGACACCCAAUCACGAGAUUCAUCGCUCGAUACAUUCAUAAUAAUCCUCAACAGGAAUAUGAGAAAUUUAUGCACUACAUUGAUGAAGAAGCUCAAAAAGUGAAACUGAGAGCCUUAGAAAAGGAAGUACAUGCGAAAAUGGCGGAAAGACAGGACUACCAAGCGUAUUACUACCGACCAAUGGUCAAUAAGUACCACAGGAUUGAUAAGAGAACCACUGAUGAAAUGGUCGAACGUGUUGGUGACGAUUUUAAGGAAUAGAGUUUUUUAAUGGAAUUUUAGUUGCUUAGAAAUCAUUUGUAUAGUAUUUGAAGUAAGCGUAACUUUUUGAUUUAGUUUAUUGAUUUACUGAAUAUCAUGAUUUGAGAUCAGUGCUUUCUUCAUACACUUAUUGUUGCAAUAAAUCAGUUAAAAAUAA